GUGCAGGAUGACUAAACACAGUCGAAAUGCAGGGGCUCAGAGAAUCAGGAAGCUCUUAGUCGAUGCGAUUCCUGACAACGAGGACAUCUAUAUCAAAUCGACAGCGAUCAGCGAAGACAACGACAGCGAUAAAGAGCGAACUUCCACAAACGAGCUAUGGCAACAUCUGAACUUUGGGGAGACAACACUCCGAUCACUGGCCAAGAAGUACUUUGCCCUCAGCGCAGCCUGCGCUCUCUUCAAUUGGCUGGAUGACAAAAAAGGCAUCACCUUUUCGCCCCGAUCACUCAACAUACGCUACGAACAUCCUGAAGGAUCGAUUAUGAUUGAUCACGAUACAGCAACAAAUCUCGAGCUCGUCCGAGGAGCCAGGAGUGGUACCGUGGAAGGAUCGCUGCUGGGCUCGUUCCACAGAUGCUCGACCUCAAUGGGCGAACGCAUGCUCAAGAUGAACAUUCUUCAGCCUUUUGCCAACCGAGACUCUAUUUCAAUGAGGCUAGAUGCUGUUGAGGAUCUCCUUUCCAGUUCCGAGCUGGGACGAAAGCUCUUCUAUGCCUUGAAGGAAUCGCUCAAGGCGCCGGAGAAGCUCACAAUUGAUUUCGACCGGCUCAUCUACCAAAUCGUUACGCCAAUCAAAACGUCAUCGGUCGCAGAUCCUACAGCCAUCGAGGCAAAGUUAGCAGAGAUUAUCCAGCUGUAUGCAAUGCUGGGAACGUUGAGCGGAGUGCAUCGAGCCGUGUCGGGCGCUUCUUGCACGUUACUGCAAGGUGUCGCACCCUACCUGGCCAACGAACGCUUGUCGAUCAUAUCGACGCACAUAAAAGAAAAUAUAGAUGCAGACGUCCUCGAAGGCCAAGGCAAGGUCCACAUCAAUCAAAGGCUCUCGAAAAUUCGUGCCAUUCAGACAAACAAGGACAAACUGUUAGAUCUGGCGAGAGAGACCUACAGCGAGAAUCUGAGUGACGGACAAGCUUUGUUUAGCCAGCUGAAAGGCCAUUAUCGCAUGCCACUGACCUUGAAGAAAGAAGUCAACGGCUACUGUGAAAAGAUCAACCAGCGCAUACGUGAUGCUGAGGGCGAGGUGUUCAUCCUCUCCGAGAAGUAUCUGGAAUCGAUGCGUGGAGAGAUCAUCGAACACGUAGGGGCCUUGUAUAAGGCGUCUGAAGUGCUGGCUUUGGUCGAUCUCAUCGUCAAUUUGGCCAAGACGGCAGAUCGCUCACGUAGGGAUUACGUCCGGCCCAAUUUCUCCGAUAGGCUCGCAAUCAAAGCGGGAAGACAUCCGAUUCUGGAGAAAAAGAUCGGUAGGGACAAGACACAUGCAAAUGACAUUUACUUUGGGCUUGGAAAGUCUUUUCAGCUCAUUACCGGUCCGAACAUGAGUGGAAAGACAACAUACCUGAAGCAAGCCCCUUUGCUUCUCAUCAUGGCCAGUAUCGGCUCCUUUAUUCCAGCAGAGUACGCCAUGUUCCCGCCCAUUGACCGAAUCUUGACUCGGCUCUCCAAUGACGACGAGCCCGAGGCUAAUUUGUCAACAUUCGCAAGCGAGAUGAAGGUGUCGUCAUUCAUCCUUUCGCUAGCAAGUAGACGUAGUCUGGUCAUCAUUGAUGAGCUCGGCCGAGGGACUUCGACAGAGGAAGGCCUAGGGGUAGCCCACGCAAUCUCUGAGUUUCUCAUUACGAAGGGAGCACCGACUAUCUUCGCGACGCACUUCGUUCAACUUGCUUCGACACUCUCCCCUUAUGAAGCUGUCGUACUGCUCCAUCUCGCUGUCAAGAGGCUCACACAAGAACGCGAGGACGAUGAAGACGAUAAGUACAGGUCCGGGAACUACGACAUCGAAUGUUCGCAUACUGUCGUUGAUGGUGUCAUGAAAGAGAAGCAUUACGGUUUAGCUUUGAUCAAAAAACUUCCAUUUCCCGUCGACCUCUGGCGGGAUGCCGUCCUAAUGGCUGAUCGACUUGAAGCAGAUGUCACGGAUCCUAGUGCUAUCACGGAAGGCCAAGGAAUGACUGAGCUCGAAAGAGUAGCGAAGAGGCGGGAAAUAGUCAAUGGCACGGAGGAAAAACUGAGGAAUAUUCAGAAUCAAGUGCGAGCUAGCGAGGCACACAAACUCUGGGAGCACCUCAAAAGUCUGCAGGAGGAGGUACUUCUAAAGCUCCAAGAGACGUACGACGGAGCUGAAGAGGGAGACACUUACAGCAACAAAAACUUGAGUGUUGACGAGCAGGAUUGA